UAUUAACGUGGACGAAAAGAUUUCAUUGAUCACUGCGUUAUUCGCACUAUAAAGAAAAAGAAAUAUAUACAAUAUUCAGUCAUAUUUAGUUCAGUGAACUAUAAUAACAUUGUAUAUCUUAUUAAUAAUGAUAUUACUGCGAUGCAUAUCUCGCUUAUUUUGGUAUUACAUGUCAAAUUCGCAAUUUAAUUCGACAUAUUAAUAACAUAUGUAUAAUACAUAUAUACAUAUAAAGUUAACGAUCUCAGUAAAUGUUAUGCCUGAUAACACAAAAUACUAAAUACGUAAUGCUCUUAAUACAUGACAAUAUGUGUGUGUAUAUUAAACAUAGAAAAUAUAAUUCUUUAACGAAACAGAAGCAAGAGACAUUUCUUAAUCUCCUUUUUUUAUUAUUGCUUUGUCGAAACAAGUUCUCUCCGUUUUUACUAAAUCUUAUAAAGUUUUAAUUAUUUAUUCAAGUGUACAUCCUUUCUUACUUCAUUUUUCAUUGUUAGCAUUUUAUUUAUAGAUAUUCCUUACAUAUUUUCACUUGACGAUUAUAUAAAUUAUAUAAUAAAAAUAAUAAAAUAUCAGUAGUAUAUCUUGACCAUAAAUAUAUAUUUUAUUUACCGUUAUAUAUCGCAAUGACUAAAUUUCGCAAAAUUUCGCUUUUCGAAAAUAUCGCGAAAGCAACGAAAUUAAUUUAAUUAAUUAAGUAAAAUGUAAAAUGCGGAUAUCUUACAAGUUUAUUUAAAUUAAAUAAUAGCAGCUGUUUGCCAAGGUUAACUAGAAAUAUGGAAUAAAUAUGCGAACGAAAUUAUAGAGAUAGCUACUUCAAUCUAUUUUUCAUUAAUUAUUGAAGAGGUUACGUUUAUCACAUAUAAACGAAUUAAACAAAUAUUUAAUAUAUAUAGUAAUUCUAUCGAAAUACUAUUUACAUGUUUGCUUUCAUCUUUGUUAUUUGCUGCAAAAAUAUUAAUUUUAAACUUUACAUCUUUUUUUAUAUACGAAAAGUUGUUGGUGCACGUAUUCUACGUCCAUAAUUAAUACUAAAUUUUCCUAUAUUAACGCAUUCGCGACCGGCAAUGUAUUUCUACGUCAUUUUACAAUCUUUAGCUGGUUGCCGACGACAUAGUUCUAAGAUAUCUGUUAUUUAUCACGAGUUACUUGUAUUUUGCAAUGACUAAGACUUUAUUAUUUCUUAUUACAUCUUUACAAUAUGUUUAGCAUUUUUAAAUUUAUAAAUUUUCAAGUUUUUCAACUUGUAUUUCUAACAUCUACAUUUUUUUGAAUUGUAAACAAUAAGUAAUUAUAAGCAUUAUAGAUAAAGUAAUAUUUUUUACAUUUACUCCCAUUAAUAAGAAAACCUUGGGGUGUUCAGCUAGGCUCUCGCAUCGGAACCGCCGGUUGCGAAUAUGGUAAAUACUGUAAAUACUGUAAAUAAUUUUCUCGCAGAUUUAAUUAGUAAUUUUCCAGCAUCGUAUGCUUAAAUGAAUGAACAGAAGCAAUAACGGAAAAAUUACAUGUCUCGUAUAUUUUAUCGCAUGUUUUUUAUCAUCACUAUGUAUGUAAUAUAAUUCUUCUUCAUUUAAUUUCUCACUUUGUGACAACUAAGGCUGCAAUGUUUGAUUUUGCUACAUCUGUAUCAUCAAAAUACAGGAUACAAACGUCAUUGCUUAUUUACUGUAAGAAAUGCGGUCUGUUCGCCAAGGUCGAGCAUAGAUAUGAAUGCAAUAUAAAAGGAAGUGUAAAUUGUCAGUUUCGCUUCCAGUUUCGAACUUGGCUUGCAUUGAUCAUCAAGCAUGUUGCCCUUAACCGUCUUCUUGGUGCUCGGCGUUCUCGCGCAGCAGACGUUCGCUGACGAACCCGAAGCGAUCGUCGGUGGUCAGCGCGCUGCACCAGGUGAAUUCCCGUGGCAGUGCUCCUUGGUUGUGAAUGGCGCCCACGUGUGCGGCUGCUCCAUCAUUGGCCCUAACAAGAUUCUGACUGCGGCCCACUGCUUGGAUGGUGUCGUUGUACCACCCUACAGCAAUCUUCGCGUCCUUACUGGAAACCUUAACAUCAACCAAGGAAGUUCUCAUGUUGUGAGAAGCGCACGCAUACAUCCUAACUACAUCCCGACCGCAUCGGCAUCCUGGGUGAACGACGUUGCUGUCAUCACUCUUCAAGGAUCAAUCCAAUACAACAACGUCCAAAGGGCUAUUCCUCUUGCUAACACUCCGCCAACGGUUGGUACGGUAUGUACUCUGUCUGGUUGGGGAUUGACUGCUCCGAAUGGACGAGUUUCACCAGUCCUUCUCAAGAUGGAUCAAUCCCUGGUUUCCACUCAAACUUGCGAAAACAGACACGGAAUGAGACUUACCGAUAGCCACUUGUGCGCGCUCAACAGACGCGGAAUCGGUGCUUGCUCGGGUGACAGCGGCGGCCCACUUGUAUGCAACGGCAAGCAAUACGGUAUUACUUCCUGGGUCGCUUAUUGCGCUCUCGGGGAACCUGAUGUUUAUACCAACGUCUACCAUCAUCUCAACUUUAUUAAUUGCAAAUAUUUCUAUUACGCAGGUAUGGAUAUCUCCAAUAAGAGAAAAGUGGAACAACAAAUUGAAGGUAUUUCUCCCAAAAGUAAUUCAAAAUUAAAUGAACAAUUGGAUCAAUUAAAUUCAGUUUAUGGUAGAAAACUGCAAUCACCGAUACUUGGCCACCGUUUUCAAUUUCCUGAUUUACCAAAAAAUCAUGUAUCAUGCAUAGCUUUGGAUACAUCUCUUUUGCAGAUUCCCGUUUAUACUCAUUUGAAAAUAUACGACUUGAAGCCUGUGCACCGGCCGCGAAUGCCUUCGAUAUUAUCAGCGUUGCAUUUACCGCUUUCGGAAGAUAUCGCACUUAGUAAAUCCUCAAAAGAAGUAUCUACUGCACGAAUGAGCGAGGAAGGCCAAAUAUCUGCCUCGUAUAAUGCUAAAAAUACUAUGAGAAUUGAAUAAAACCUGAUCAAUGACAAUCUUGGACGUGCCAGAUUCGUUGCAAUAAUUAAUCACCGCGAAGCUCCGAAAAUAGACAUUGAAAAAGCUGUCCAUGACGUUUGCAUUGUAACAAUAUGCAUACUUAUAAAUAAAAAUUUUAUUAUGUUU